AUGGCUCAUCAUGAUACCUUGAAGGGCGCAUCCUCGCCUGCAGCAGCAGCAUCAUCAUCUUCAGCAUCUUCAGCAUCGACUUCCUCUCCUCACAGCAUCAGCAGACGCCCGAAGCGUACACUGGCAUCUUCUAGAGGUGGCUCUUCCCUGUUCCACAUGCUGGUCACAAUGGCUGCAACAGUCGUGGUCUCGUUGGCAUUCCUGAACCCCUCUUUGGCAAGCGCCCAUGACACAAUCUCAAAGAGACACCCUAGCUUUGGCCUCUCCCCUCGCGAGCUGUCCAAGAGGGCAUUGCCUGCCACCUACAAUGAUUUCGUCGCUCCCUUGCGCAAGAGACUGGGGACCGACAACAUCUCAGCAGAAAACCUCGUGGAUCUCAACUUGUCGCCCCCCGCCACUUGCUCCACGCUAAACAUAACAUGGGACCCUACCAAAGGUACUGCGCCGUUCACGCUCGCAGUCUUUGCUGAGCUGUGGUUCCCUCUUGCGAUUGUCAACAUCCCAGCGUCGUACGCAGACCCCGAUCUGAGCUUAUGGCUCUACCAAAUUGAACUUCCCCAAUUCCAGGCCGGACCAAUCGAAGUCGGCAAUACUCCAACCAUCUACGCUGCCAUCACUGACUCGUCUGGCCGCAUGGCCAAUACCUCGUCCUUCAUUACUGUGGACAAUUCAGACACCUCUUGCGCUCGAGAUAGCACGCCCCUUGAAUUCGACACAUGGUCUACUGGUGGGCCAGUGCAAUGCCACUCUUGGCAGCUGGGCUGGAACGUCAGUGGUCCCAACUUUGUAGGCCCUUUGGUGGGGAUGAUUCUACCAGAGAGACGCCCUCCGAUCCUCCUGAGUCCCCCCGAGAACCUCAUUCUUGACGCGGACGGGACAGGCGGGAUGAAUUGGACGGUGGCAAUCCCUGCCGGCACAUACAUCACCUAUGCUAUGAUUGAUGGAGGUACAGGAGGAAGCGGUGGGAUUGGCGGGAAGAACUUGGUAGGCUCUGAUCAGUAUUCUAACACUGCUUGUGUUCUCGAGAAUCCAAUUGGUCUCGCCACUCCAACCUCGACUGUUGCAAAAAUGACAGUCACACCGGACUUGUCUACUGCCAUUGUCACCACUGCCAACGGCGUGGUGACGACCAUACACACGGUGAUUCACAAUGCUGGCGCUGGUUCAGGCGGAGGAUUCGGCACUGGCUCCAUCGUCGGCAUAGCUCUGGGUCUUGGAGCAGCGGCCGGAAUCCUCAUUGCCCUGGUCUUCUUGACCAUCUACAAGCGGCGAGAGAAGAGGCGGGAAACACGGUGGGAGAUGCCGGGUGGCAGCGACUACCCGAAGGGCAUGCCUGUUGAUAGGAGGUUCGUCGCCAAAGGCAACAAGAAGAGGGGCGCAGAAGGUGGUCCGACAAAGAAUGGGCCUGGAAGUGGGCUCACGUUGAACAUAGGCAACGCCUUGGGCGGAGGAAGCAACACCGAUACCCCUGGAGCCUCUUUCGCGAGAGGGCAAUCGCUACGUGGCUCCUUCCGAAGUCUAGGCAGUUCGGUAUACGAUCCUCGCGUCGACCUUGAUUCACCGAGCAGCAGUCCGCCUACGCCCGCAAGACCCAUCAUGGGCGAAGCGCUUUAUUCAGACGGCUCUCUUCGAAGCGCCGACAGCACACAGCCCGGCUUCUUUAGCAAUAGGUCCAGAACAGAGGGGCUGGCUCACGAUGAGAGGGACACUCUGAUAGUGGCGAACCCGUCGACGUCUUCUCCAGUGGAUCCCUUCCACGGCAAGAGAGGCAGUAUUGGCUCGCCUAGAGGCGGCUCUUCGAACCUUGCUUCGGCCUAUCGGAGCGUUCUAGGCACACCCGAAGCAUCUGCCGAGGGCACAUACGAGGACGUGCAGCUGCACGAUCGCAGACCGUCCCGCAGAAGCAACAGCACUGGGAGGGACAUGCCGUAUCGCAGCGCUUCAUCCGGAGCGGAUAGCGCUUCGAAUCUGUCUACGUAUACGCCCUCGUCAAGAGGCGCCAUUCCCCGUCCACGUCGAGGCCAUUCUUCACGAGAUGAUGGUGCUCCUCCACUUCCGGCCUUCCCUGAAGCCUAUCGACGCUCACCGGCCCCUUCUUCCGUCGGCGCAGCCAACUCUCACUCUACCACGCCCGGCGGAACCCUUCGGAGCGGAAACGUCAUGAUCCACUCGGAUGCCGGUAUGCUCAUGGAUGACCGCUUGAGCGACGAUGAAGAGGGAGGCGACCAGGGCGAAUUGCUUGAAUUACCACCGCAAUACGCCUCUCUACCCGCCCGGGCUCACUCCACUGCUGGACGUCCAGGCGCAUCUGGCGGCAGAGCCGGUGGAGCAGCGGCAGGGCGACACGACUCGGGCGCUCAGACUCUUUCGGCUGCUACUGGAGCUCACGCUGGACGUGCAUCUGCAGCUCGCAAUCGUCCCCGAGGCCCGACUGGAGAUCAAAAGGAGAACGAGGAGGGCGCAACACUACCAUCGCCCAUGACGGGUGCGAGUAUCCAGGAUCCCUUCCAGGAGCAGACUACUCCUAGGAGAACGCAGCGGAAUACAGGUGCUGGUAGAGGUGGGGCAGUUUCAGAUGGGGAGACGGAAGAGGAUGCUGCUCAACGCGCGGAGCGGGGCACGCUCGACCGCUUCGUCGGAGAUGAGGACGAUGAUGCUUUCUGGCUACCUAGAGGUGCUGGAUAA